GAUUGAAUUACUGGAUGUAAAGAGUAGACACUCCAAGAAGAGAGUAAAGGAUGGUAGCAAGUAAAACCAUCUAUGAAACUCACCUGAAGAGUGGAUCGUGGAAAUUAGACUAUGACGAAAUAGAACAGCUAUCCACUGGCAAGCAUAGCAAGAAAAAGUUGCCUGGCAGCAAGCCGAGCAUGAAGAGUGGGUCGGAUAAGGAAGCUGCCGGUAUAAGCGGAGACGCCUCAAAGAGCUCCGGUAGUCAGUCAAAGUCCAUGCCGACGAGCAAUGGACAAGCCACCUACGCCAAGAUCGGUUACUACCGUGGAACCAUGGUCGCCAUCAAGGACGUCACUAAGGAACACAUCAACGUCUCCAGGAACGUCUUGAAGGAGUUCUUUACGAUACGUGACCUACUCCACGAGAAUGUGAAUCCAUUCAUCGGUGCAUGCAUCGAACCACCCAACAUCGCCAUUAUCUGGCAGUAUUGUCACAAGGGUAGCAUAGUGGACAUCAUAGAGAAUGACGAUGUCAAGUUGGACAACUCCUUCAAACUAUCGAUGAUCGCUGACAUCGCCCGUGGCAUGGAAUACCUUCACAAGAGCAUACUGCAUUCCCACGGAAACCUCAAGUCGACCAACUGUCUUGUCGACAAUCGCUGGACGGUUAAGAUCACCGACUACGGCCUACAAAGCUUCUUGAUGGGAAUGGGUCAGAAAGAAGAGGAGGAUGAAAAUUACAUGUUUCUUCGAAAACAGUGGACCGCACCUGAGAUUCUGCGCGAAAAUUUCCCGAGUCCAAAAGGCACACAGAAAGGGGACGUGUACUCGUUUGCCAUCAUCACCUACGAGGUGUGUGGCCGACAACCAGCAUUCAACUUCGACAACAUGGUUCCACGAGACGCUGUAAAUAGAGUGCGCAAUGGAGAGGCGAAGCCAUUCAGACCCCCCCUCCCGGACGAUGAGUUUGUUGACAUCUCACCUAAGAUCAAGGGACUGAUCUGCAACUGCUGGAGUGAGAACACGGAAGUACGCCCCACUUUUACGAGCAUUAGAAAGACACUACGAGACAUCACUGGCGGAGACAUCAUCAUCAUCGACAUGAUAUUGAGCAUGAUGGAGAAGUAUUCGAACAAUCUGGAAGAAAUCGUCGAUGAGAGAACUCAGCAGUUGAACGAGGAAAAACUAAAGACAGACAAACUUCUCUACCGGAUGUUACCCGCGUAG